UGGCCUUGGUUUGGUUUGAGAUGAUGAGCGGACGAGAGGAAACGAAGAUGGCUUGGGAAUGGAGAUAUUGUAGCCGACUAUACUUCGUAGUAAGGAAAAGCACAUUAGAUUGAAGUGGGCGGAGGCCCGACGAUGGAGAAUCAAGUCGCGACGGAAGAAGCCUGUCGCCAAAUAUCAUGCAACAGUCCAGCCCCUCGUUGAGCCCCCUAACCAUCCCAAGUUCGACAGACGAAGAGGAAGACACCAGCGAUAGUGACAUUGAGGUGAUGGUUGAUUUGCAAGAUUCGACCGACUCGAGUCUGUCUACUACAAAUGCGACAUUCAAGAACAAGCUCCGCGAACUCGCCGAUCAUUUCAGAGACUACGCACUUACAUCAAUCCAGUGUGUCAUCCUGUCGCUUAUUAUCUGGCUCGGCGACUGUAUCCUGAUACAAGCUCCUAGGAAGCAGCGUCAUUAUGGAUUUGUUCGGGCGUCCCGCCAUGCUGUCGCAUACAUCUGCGCACUUGACGUAGACGCCACGGUAUGCAUCAUCAAGGAAUCCCUGACGCCAGGCAUGGUGCGUGUGAUCCAAUUGAUGAGUAGAGGGCAUCAAGUGACUGAGGACGAUAUCCGAAAUAUCGGCGGUGACCCGGAAGACGAACACCAAGGUAUCUACGGGAGUCUUCUCACGACGCUCGCCUUUGCCGGUCUACAUAUAGGGAGCGGAUCGUCCGCUAUAGCUAUCCCCAACGCAGCCCAACAGGAAACCGGCCUCAAACGACGGAUCGACGAGCAUACCAACCCCGAAUUCCGUGAGAGGGCCAAGCUUAGGGACACUAUUCAUUACACCUUCUGGAGAGAACACAAAGCCGUACCCCAUUUUGUGGUACUAGCGGUAUUCAAACAGAUGGUACCUAAAGCACUGGUAUUGCUUACCGAGUCUAUUAUGAUGCUACUUCUUAGCACGUUAGAGAACGAACCCGGCGUCACACUGCCAACUGGGCCUCACUGGCUGUCAGGCUCUCCUCCAGCAUGGCGUCGUUUGAACGAUACUUGGCCCAUGAACGCGAUGCCCGAGCACUUUACCUUACUCGAUUCAUCACCAGAAGCAUCGAAUAGGCAAAGAGAUGAAUCGAAGAAGAGGAACGACACUAUGAAGGGUAACUUGCUGAGGAAGUGUGUACUAAAGUACGAGAUAGAAAGGAACUUAUGGCCUCACGGUACAUCUGCCAAACACACUCCGUCGUGUCACAAUCUUAACGGUCAUUAAGACUCGGC